GAUACCUCUAGCUUCAGCUGAACAUGAAGAAACUAUUAAAUGGUUGGCAUAUGGUCCCCGAUGUAGUGCAAGAUCAUAUACUGGUUAUAUAGUGAAUGGUCAAAGAUUUCACACAAGCUCAGUUCAAAAGCAAAGUCAGAAUAGUGGGGUUUACUAUGAGGCAACUUCUAUGUGUAGAUCUAGUGCUAAAGAUACUUCACAGGUUGUUGAUUUGGUAUCUUAUUACGGGAGAGUCACUGACAUCAUAUUGCUGGACUAUAAUGUGUUCUAUGUUCCUAUAUUCCGGUGUCACUGGACAGUUAGAGGGAAUGGAGUUAAGGUAGAAGAUGGGUUUACUCUUGUAAACUUGAAUCAAAGUCAAGUCAGUUUUUUGAAGGAUCCAUACAUUCUAGCUUCACAGGCAAAUCAAGUCUUUUAUUCUAGGGAAGAUGAUUCAUCAAGCUGGUAUGUUGUUAUGAGAGGUUCUUCAAGAAGAUAUAGUAAAGAAGAUGUUCGGGAAGGAAAUGCAGAAAUUGGUCCAUUGCCAGCAGAUGUGAACAUGGAUGAUGAAAUGGAUGAGUCUGAAAAUGCUAGAACUGACUGUGAAGGCAUAUUUGUGCCAAAUGUAGCCUUUUUGUCAUUGUUAUUUUGUCUUGUUUUGUGUUUUUUGCUGAUGUCUGUUUACUCCAAAUACUUGACUGUUUGAUCUCAAAUGUGUUGCUGCAGUUGCUUGUGCUAAUUCCUUUUCUUUUUGAUGCAGGUGAUUUAAGAUGGGUCGACCAAAGAAGAAGGGUGGAAAAAAAAGAAAGAAUAUGGGUGCAGAUGAUGAGCUUGAAUAUAUUGGUAGUGUGGAGCCGCAGACUAUAGCAGCAGAGCAGUCUUCAAAUGAGGAGCAUCAUGUAUCAGAUCAGGAACCCAUCAGACAAGAGGAAGAAGCUGAAGGUGUUGCUGAAGAGACAAUUCCAACUGCAGCUACUGAUCCAGCUGGAGUCAAUGAAGAAGAACCUGAAGGUGAGGUUCAAUUGAGUGAUGAAACUGAGCCUCCUGCUAAGCGUAAGAGACAGAGAGGACCAACAAAGAUGAAGAACAUUGCCAAGGAUCCAACUGUUCGUGAAAGAGUUGACUACACUCUCAUGGGAGAGCCUAUUGGUUCUGGAUCAGUUAAGCUGGCAUCAUAUGUAGGUACAUUGGUACGGGAACAUGUUCCUAUCAACAUUGAUAGCUGGAAGAGUGUUAGUCAGGAUAUCAAAACAGUUCUCUGGAGAUCUGUUCAGGUGAUAUCUUCUUUACAGUUAGAAUAGUUUUAUUUAGAAAGUAAUUAGACCACAUUUACUUUUCUUAUUAUGUUUUGAUGGUAAGUGAAUGCAGGCAAGGUUUGAGGUUGAUGAGGAGUUCCAAAGGAUUGCUGUGCUAAAGCAAAUGGGGGGUCUGUGGAGGUCAUACAAGUCACGCAUUGUCAAGAAUAUUAAUUUGGCUCCGAAUAACCAGCAAAGAAUGAAUCUAAGACCAAUGAAUAUUUCUCCAACAGAAUGGCGUAAAUUUGUCAAACUCAAGACUAGUGCAGACUUUAAGGUUGUGAGUGACAAAUAUAAAGAAAGGAGGAAGAAACAGAUACCUCACACUACAAGCCGGAAAGGAAUGGUCAGGCUAGCAGAAGAAAUGGUAAGCUUACACUAUCUUUGUUGUUUCCUCUGAAGAAAUAUAUCUACUCUGAAUGGUUUUCUGAUUUUCACACAGAAAAUUGAGAGUGGAGAUCCAUCUGAAGUGACAAGGCUAAAGGUUUGGGUGAAGUCGCGUAUCAAAAAGGAUGGUACGCCAGUGAAUACAAAUGCUGCAGAA